UAGACAAAACUUUAACAAUAUUUACUGUGACUGAGCUAAACAAUGACUGUAACUAGAAAGGUGCUCAACUGGUACGCCAGGCUAUCUCCAAGCCGUGGCCGUGUCACUCCUCCAUACAGUCAUGUCGUACAGAUUGGGGAUCCUAGAUUACGUAAAGUUUCUGAGCCGGUACCGCCUGAAUCAAUCAAAACUGAGCAGAUUCAGACAAUAAUUAAGAAGCUAGAAGUAGUAGUAAACAGAUACGGCAGCCUGGGGAUGUCAGCGCCUCAAAUCGGCGUGAAUAUGAGGAUAUUUGCUAUGCAGUUAACUGCGCUAGAAAUUAAGACUACGAGUCCAGUUAUUGUCAAAUCCCAUGGUAUGACUGUAGUACCAUACACUGUGUUUAUAAAUCCAUCAUUGAAAAUAGUUGACUAUCGCAAAGUUUCUCAUGCUGAGGGUUGUGAGAGUGUUAGAGGAUUCUCUGCAGAAGUUCCUAGAUACAAAGAAGUUGAAAUUUCAGGUCUUGGUCCUGAAGGUGAGCCAAAAUCAGAAAAGUUUAAAGACUGGGCGGCCAGAAUAGCACAGCAUGAGCUAGACCACCUAGAUGGCAAACUGUACACGGACAUCAUGGACAGGAAGACACUCUGCUGCAAUUGUUGGGAGGAGGUUAACCUGUCGCAGGGCAAACUGGCAAUACCGUUUACACCAGAAUAAAAUAAUUUAUGGAAAA